AUGAUCGGUAUUAUAUCAUGGUCGGCUUUAGUUGUGUUAACUAAACGUUGUAACGAUUUUGAUAGAAAACUUAAUGUUAAAUGGGCUUUAAUCCGCACUAACAUAGAUCCAAUGGUUUCUACGCCCACUGGCAUUAUUUCGCACUUUGUCAAUCUUCAAGUGGUUGUGCCCGAAGCAUUUAUUUUAGGUUCUGGUGAAUUACAUGUUGAUAUGGGAUCAACAAUAAAUUUGGUCUGCAUCAUCGAGAAGAGUCCAACUCCACCACAAUACGUAUAUUGGCAAAAAAAUGAUCGAUUAAUCAAUUAUUACGAUUCGAGACGCGAUAUAUCCAUAGAGACUACACCUGGACCACGUACGCAAAGCCGUCUGAUAAUUCGUGAACCACAAAUAACUGACUCUGGAAACUACACAUGCUCUGCUAGUAAUACAGAACCAGCGAGUAUUUAUGUUUUUGUAUCAAAAGGCGAUAACAUGGCAGCGAUAUCACGCCGCAAAACAUCUUCAGCUGAUCGCAUAGCGGCAAUAUUCAUGCAACUUUUGGCCCCAUGUGUACUAGUGAAUACUUUGGCUAUAAGUCGCAUUUUCUUAACUUAAGACUUUCAAACUUUAAGAAUACAAAACCAAAAUCCUAUUUAAGAUUUUUAAGAUUUAGUUUAAUUCAAAGAAAGAUAAAUAAAAGCAGAAGUAAGUUUAGUUAUAGUAACUAGAAUUAAGUAUUAAUUGUAAAAUUAAUGAAAUGCCAUUUAUAAUACUAAAUAUA